UAAUACUUACAUAUAGUCAAGCAUCAAAUGGUAUGAAUAGUAAUAAGACUAUACUUUCUGCCGAUACAACCAUUGAAUGUCCAAAUAUUGGUAAUCCCGAACACGGGACAGCAUCGGGAACAUGCAGUCCGGGAACUCCGUCGGGCAUAUGUUCAUUCAGCUGUUCCAAUGGCUUCAACUUAGAUGGACAAACUACUGUGACGUGCAAUCCCGACGGACAAUGGACUGAUAAACCAGCCGUUUGUAAACCUAAAGAGUGUCCACCAUUAAGUCCGGGUCAAGGAGUUAUCAUGAGUGGCGCCUGUACUCCGGGUCUAUUUGAUCAAUCCUGUACACUAUCGUGUGAAUCGGACAUUUCUCAGACCAAAGUAGUCAAAUGUCAAGAAGAUGGCACAUGGAGUGAGUCAACCGAUGAUUUUGAAUGCAUUCAAACAACUAUAAGUCCCACUAAUAGUACAGAUAGUUGUCGAUCUCUUAAUUUUUCCCGAGGGGUUAAACCUAAUGAUAUUUGUUUUCGCGGACAAAUUGGUACUAAAUGUUUGAUUCAAUGCAAAAGAGGUUAUCAAAUGGCCGGUCGACGAAAUACAACAACGUUAACGUGUAAUUCAAAUGGCAAAUGGAGAGGACGUAUUGGUAUCUGUUUAAGACAAUGUAUUGCAAUACCGGCACAUAAUGGACUGUUAACUGGUCAGUGCCUACCAACUGGUUUAGCCGGAAGGCAUUGUGCCCUAACAUGUGCUCACAAUUAUCUAUUAGUUGGUCCCAGAUAUGCUCUUUGUACACAAUAUGGUGUUUGGGAACCAAUGGUUCCCCGAUGUGUCUAUGACCCUGAUGAUGGUUGUAAAUAA